AUGGGCACCCUCGUCCAUAAGUUGGACACUAAGAUCGCUCGCAUAAUUCAAGGCGGUGGCCAAAAAGCAACGGAUCGCAAUCGAUCGCGAGGGAAGAAGCUCCCAAGGGAGCGAAUACAUGCCUUGCUAGACCCAGGCUCUCCUUUCUUGGAACUCUCACAGCUGGCUGGUUUCGGCCUCUACGGCAAGGAGGAUGUUCCAAGCGGUGGGCUGGUGACGGGUAUAGGCCGGGUGCAUGGCAGGUUUGUAGCUCUGGUCGCCAAUGACCCAACAGUCAAGGGUGGCACAUACUAUCCUAUCACUGUCAAGAAGCACCUGCGGUUGCAAGAGAUUGCGGAGAUGUGCCGUCUGCCCUGCGUCUACUUUGUGGACUCUGGCGGUGCCAAUCUACCUCGACAGGCCGAUGUUUUCCCAGACAGAGACCACUUUGGCCGCAUCUUCUACAACCAGGCGCGGAUGUCAGCGAAGGGGAUCCCACAGAUUGCGGUGGUGAUGGGCUCCUGCACGGCUGGCGGCGCGUACGUGCCAGCCAUGGCGGAUGAGAGCGUCAUCGUGCGCGGCAACGGCACCAUCUUCCUGGGGGGCCCGCCCCUGGUCAAGGCAGCCACGGGGGAGGAUGUGACGCCAGAGGAGCUGGGCGGCGCGGAGCUGCACUGCAGCACGUCGGGCGUGGCAGACCACCUGGCAGAGAGCGAGGACCACGCCAUCAGCAUCACGCGUGGCAUCGUUGCCAAUCUAAGCCUGGCGGGAGGGAACGCUCUGCAGCUGCCAGUCCCCUCGGCGUUUGAGGAGCCGCUGCACCCGCCAGAGGAGCUGCGAGGGGUGGUGCCGGCGGAUGCGCGCAAGCCGUGGGAUGUGCGCGCGGUGCUGGCCAGGGUGCUGGACGGGUCGCGCUUCAGUGAGUUCAAGGCGCUGUACGGUGCGACGCUCGUCACCGGCUUUGGAUCCAUCUGCGGCCGCGAGGUCGGCAUAGUUGCCAACAACGGCAUCCUCUUCUCCGAGUCCGCGCUCAAAGGUGCCCACUUCAUACAGCUGUGUGCACAGAGGGGGGUGCCGCUGGUGUUCCUGCAAAAUAUCAUGGGCUUCAUGGUCGGCAAGAAGUACGAGGCAGGCGGCAUCGCCAAGGACGGCGCCAAAAUGGUCAUGGCCGUGGCCAAUGCACAGGUGCCCAAGAUCACGGUGAUCAUUGGCGGCAGUUUUGGAGCGGGCAACUAUGGCAUGUGCGGUCGCGCCUUUAGCCCCAAUUUCCUCUUCUCCUGGCCCAAUGCGCGCAUAUCAGUCAUGGGAGGCGCGCAGGCUGCAGGCGUGCUGGCUCAGGUCGAGGCGCAGAAGCAUGAGAGAGAGGGAACUGCAUGGAGCGAGGAAGACCAGGCAGCCUUCAAGGCCAAGAUUGCUGACAGGUAUGACAAGGAGGGCGAGCCAGAGUUUGCAUCCGCACGUUUGUGGGACGAUGGAGUGAUUGAUCCUGCUGACACCCGGCGCGUGCUGAGCCUGGCUUUGGCUGUGGCGUCCAAUGGCUACUCGCACACCACCCCUCACUACGGCGUGUUCAGGAUGUGA